AUCGGCACCACCUUCUGUUUGGGGCGGGGUAGUGGCGGCUACUCGUUCUCUUCAGCGCCUGUAGCUGUGGAGGGGUCUUUUCGGUUGUCAGCCUCUACGGACCGGAACACCAAUAUGGAAGCCGCGCUAUGUAACAGCUCGGACGAGCCUCCCACUUCUGCUAUCCUCAUGGACAGCAGCCACUUCUCCCAGGUGGUCUUUACAAAUGUGGAGAAAUUCUACGUCCCUGGAGCCGACAUCACUUGCCGUUACAGUCUUUCCCAGCACAUCACACCACGCCGGAAGGACUGGGUGGGCAUAUUUAGGGUGGGAUGGAAGACGACUUGCGAAUACUACACGUUCAUGUGGGCAACUUUGCCCAGCAGACCCAAAGGCAGUGAUGCUGAAUUUCUGGAGGUGCUCUUUAAAGCCUAUUACCUGCCAAAGGAUGAUGAAUAUUAUCAGUUUUGUUACGUUGAUCAGGAUGGGCAAGUCCGUGGAGCCAGUAUCCCCUUCCAGCUCCGUGUGGAGGUUGAGGAUGACAUGCUGGUGGUUACUACCCAGGGAGAAGUGGAAGAGAUUGAGCAACAAAAUACAACUUUGCUUCAGGAAAACCAUAAACUGAAGGAAAACCUGACAAGCCUCCAGAAGCAGCAUGAGGAUCUUCAAGAGAAAUUCAGGACAACAGAGGAGAAAGCAAAGGAGCUUGAGGAUAAAGUCCGUUUGCUGCAGACUGGGACCAUGGAGCUUCAGAGAGCCCAGGACCUACAGGCUUUAGAGAAAAGCUCUGUUCAGACAGAGUUAGCUACAGUCAGAGAAAAAAAUACGAAACUUCAAGAGAAAAACGAAGAUCUUCAAAGAAGCUUGGAUACUAUGAGGAGCAGCAAUGAGAAGCUUGAUUCAGAAGUGUGUCUUCUCAAAAAGAAGAUUAGAUAUCUAGAAACACAAAGCAGCUCCACAGAGGCAGAGCUGUGCCAGGUUAAAGAAGAGAAGAAAAACAUGUCAUCUGAAAAGGAACAGCUGGACAAUAAGCUGAAAAACACCCUGGUUUGUCUGGAUAAAUUUCAGUCACAAGUGCAGUGCCAAGAGAAGGAGUUGGAAAACCUGCAGGCGGCAUAUCAAGACACAACCAGAUGCCUUGAGCAGCUGAAGAAAGACAAUCAUCAGUUAAAUGGCACUUUGCUUAAGCAGAAAGAUUUGGAGGUGAAACUGGAGGAGAAAACGCUUUUGCUUCAGACCCUACAGAAGGAAAAGGAUGAAAUGGAAAAGGAGAAUCAGACAUUAAGGCAGGAGAAUCAAGACCUUAUGGCACACUUUCCUGAAAUGAGAGGUGAUGCACCUUCUGGGUUUCUAACCCAGUCACAAGAAAAUUCAGUCCUUCUGUUUGGGAAUCCAUAUGUUGCACCCCCAGAGAGUCCUGAAACAGACUUUGUUUCUGUGAAAACAUGCCCCCUCUGCAAUGAAGUUUUCCCUAAUGACAUUGGAGAGGAGCAGUACUCGGUUCAUGUGCGGAGCCACCUUCUGGAGUGUCCCUAUUGCAGCGAGACCUUUGACAACUCCAGCAAGCAAGUCUUUAACGACCACAUCUUCUGCCAUAAUCUUGACUAAUCUUGAGCCUUCUUAAGCCAUACGCUACAAAGGAUAGUGUCUCUUUCUCUUUCUUUUCUUUGUACUAUCUAGCAGAGAUUGGCACAGAAUGAUUUCUGUAGGAUGUGCUACUAUUAAACUUGGCAUAUCAGAAUGAAACCUGUUGUUGGGAUUGCAGCAUUGAUCAAUUCCUCCCUUCCGUUAUGCGACCUGUCAAAUAAAUAUGCACUGUGCUUCUGCUGUGGAAAGGGAUACAUACUGCUUCAUUAAGUAUGCCCCUUGGCAGCUUAAAAUCUUGCUGCAGGUUAUUUCAAAGUGAGAUGGUGUAUGUUUUGUCCCUGUGCCUUUUACUAAUACAGGAGGAUGGGUUUUCCCCCUAUUUUUCCUAAAUGUGUGUAACAGGCAGAAAUCUCUCCAGCCUAGGAGAUUUGUUUUCUAAUAGUUUGUCGACACGUGGUAAGCCCUUUCUACCCAGUUCAUGCUAAGAGAGGGGAUAAGUGCAAAAAAAACCCAAAACCCAUAAGUGUGAUGGCAGCCCUGCCUUCAUACUCUUUUUGUAUGGGGGAAAGUCUAUGUGCUUACCUAUAUUGCAUCAGAUCUGCUCAUAAAGGUAGUCAGAAAAAAAGGGGGCAUGGACUGUGUCUUGAUAGAAGUUCUAGUUCAGAUGUUUAGGAGUUCAGUUCCCAUCAGCUGCAGCCAGUAUAGCCAGUUGUCAAGAAUCUUAGGAGCCAAAGUCCAGAACAGCUGAAGGGCACCCCAUUGGGGAAGGCUGAGCUAGACUGGUAGGGGUUCCCACCAUCUUUGGGCUGGUGGGCAUAUGUGGAAUUUUGAGAGCGUGAUAUGGGGACUCACAAAACAGCCACAAAGAAGGGGGGUUCACCAAAUGGCUACCAUGACAUUGCAGGUCACAAAACAGUAGUUUCCCAGAAGGUAAACUGGCGAGUCUAAAAACAAAAACCUAACUUGACCAAGAACCUAUGUACAAGGCAGAAGUAGGUUCUAAGUUCCAAAACACAAAACCAUUCUUUUCAACUCAUUGUCUUGUGCGCCAACAGUCCUUUCAUGGAAGGCACACUUUCAGAACAAAACACUGGCAUGCAGCCAUCCACCCAUUUUAUUUACCUGGAAAUGCCUCCGGAGCCCUUUAUUCUUGGAAAUAAAGGUGGAACAGCUUUGGAGGAUGGCAAUUUGCUUUGCAACCUUGGCAGCUUCCCAGUUAAUUUUUUGGCAAUUUUUUUUUAAAAAAACUUAUUUUUUAAAAAAAAUCAGGAGAGGUAGGGAGCCUGUUGGGUGCCAAGAGCACAUUGAUGCCCAUGGGCACCUGAUUGGGGACCUCAGCUGUGAGGCAAUAGUAAUUAUCCAGGCUUCUUGGAAGCCUCUUGUCUAAGCAGUCAAUGGAAUGUAAGGCUUAAGGACUUGAAUCAGUUCUGUUUGUUUUUAAAGCAAAAAGCUCAACCCCUUUUUAUUUUAUUCACUGACACUAAAUGCUAAUAGCUAACUCUGGAAUCAAAGUAACAACAUAGAAUUUGUGUGCUUUUGUUGCUGCUUUGGAACUGGCAAGGCUUGAUCCAAACUUUGAUUCUCUGGUUUCUAAAGCCAUAUUCAGCACAUAUUCAUGAUGAUGAGAACCGAACAGGAAUGUAGAAUACAUGCACUCCUUAUUGAAAAAAUGCUGUUGGUUUUUUUUUUAAUGUUAACAGCACAUGUUGUCCUAUGCAAGACCAAAAGUUGUAACAGUGGUCAGCUACCUACAGGUAUUACACUGUUUAUUGAUUACUGAUAAAUACCUAAUGCUGUAGGUAGAAGAAUCUAUUUUAGUUUUAAACAAAUUAUAUUUGAUACUGCUUUUUAAAAGGAUGGUAUGUUAAAAUUCUCCUCUGUUGCUGUAAAUCUAAAGAUAUGUUUGACCAGCUACAGUUAAUUAAAUAAACUUCAGUUUGUUGUCUUAUUUCAA